AUCGCGUCAACAGAGGCGUAGGUUAGCUUCCCGAGCCCCAUGACGUCAGAGUAUCUAGAAGUUUACACGCAAUUCUGGAACAGCAGCUGAUAUCUUUGACCAAUGAACGGUCGACAACUGUUAGCUAGUCAAAUACGUCAGAUUGCAGUAUAAAAAUCGAAUUUCGCCAUUUCGUGCUAAAUUACAGGCGUUGAUAGCAUUUGGAAAAGGUCAAAAUGCAGAUCUUUGUGAAAACUCUGACUGGUAAAACCAUCACUUUGGAAGUUGAGCCAAGUGAUACUAUUGAAAAUGUUAAAGCCAAAAUUCAAGACAAGGAAGGAAUUCCUCCUGAUCAGCAGAGAUUGAUUUUUGCAGGAAAGCAACUGGAAGAUGGAAGAACCCUUUCAGAUUACAACAUCCAGAAAGAAUCCACCUUACAUUUAGUAUUGAGAUUGAGAGGUGGAAUGCAGAUCUUUGUGAAAACUCUAACUGGGAAAACAAUAACUCUUGAAGUAGAGCCUAGUGACACUAUUGAAAAUGUGAAAGCAAAAAUUCAGGAUAAAGAAGGAAUUCCGCCUGAUCAGCAACGUUUGAUUUUCGCAGGAAAACAACUUGAUGAUGGAAGAACCUUGUCUGAUUAUAACAUCCAGAAGGAAUCUACUCUCCAUUUAGUAUUACGUCUAAGAGGUGGAAUGCAAAUAUUCGUUAAGACUCUAACUGGUAAAACAAUUACAUUAGAGGUUGAACCAAGUGAUACCAUAGAAAAUGUAAAAGCCAAAAUUCAAGAUAAAGAAGGUAUCCCACCAGAUCAGCAGAGGUUGAUUUUUGCUGGCAAACAGCUUGAAGAUGGUCGCACACUGUCUGACUACAACAUUCAGAAAGAGUCGACUUUACAUUUGGUUUUGCGCUUAAGGGGAGGAAUGCAAAUCUUCGUGAAAACACUUACUGGAAAGACUAUUACCUUAGAAGUGGAGCCAAGUGAUACAAUUGAAAACGUAAAAGCUAAAAUUCAAGAUAAGGAAGGAAUCCCACCAGAUCAACAAAGAUUAAUAUUUGCAGGUAAGCAGCUUGAAGAUGGGCGAACUCUGUCAGACUAUAACAUUCAAAAAGAAUCUACUUUGCAUCUUGUAUUAAGGUUGCGUGGUGGUAUGCAGAUUUUUGUGAAAACUUUAACAGGGAAGACAAUAACUCUUGAAGUUGAGCCAAGCGAUACAAUAGAAAAUGUGAAAGCUAAGAUUCAAGAUAAAGAAGGCAUUCCUCCUGAUCAACAGAGAUUAAUUUUUGCUGGAAAACAGCUGGAAGAUGGCCGCACAUUAUCAGAUUACAACAUCCAAAAAGAAUCAACUUUGCAUCUUGUGCUUAGGCUGAGAGGUGGAAUGCAAAUUUUUGUUAAGACUCUUACUGGGAAAACAAUAACACUUGAAGUAGAACCAAGCGAUACAAUUGAAAAUGUAAAAGCUAAAAUACAAGAUAAAGAAGGUAUCCCUCCUGAUCAGCAGAGAUUAAUUUUUGCUGGGAAGCAAUUAGAAGAUGGUCGCACGUUAUCAGAUUAUAAUAUCCAAAAAGAAUCAACAUUGCAUCUUGUAUUAAGACUUAGAGGUGGUAUGCAAAUAUUUGUGAAAACUCUUACUGGCAAGACCAUAACUCUUGAAGUGGAACCCAGUGAUACAAUAGAGAAUGUAAAAGCCAAGAUUCAAGAUAAAGAAGGCAUUCCCCCAGAUCAACAGCGACUUAUUUUUGCAGGUAAACAACUUGAAGAUGGGAGGACUCUUUCAGAUUAUAAUAUUCAAAAAGAAUCAACCUUGCAUCUUGUGUUAAGACUUCGAGGAGGUAUGCAAAUUUUUGUGAAAACUCUUACUGGUAAAACCAUAACACUUGAAGUUGAACCAAGUGAUACCAUUGAAAAUGUAAAAGCAAAAAUUCAAGAUAAAGAAGGCAUUCCUCCUGAUCAACAACGUCUGAUUUUUGCUGGCAAACAACUUGAAGAUGGACGUACGCUUUCGGACUACAAUAUUCAAAAAGAAUCCACUUUACAUCUUGUGUUGAGACUGCGAGGUGGAAUGCAAAUUUUUGUAAAAACUUUGACUGGGAAAACCAUAACCUUAGAAGUUGAGCCUAGUGAUACAAUAGAGAAUGUAAAAGCAAAAAUUCAAGACAAAGAAGGUAUACCUCCUGAUCAACAGCGUCUCAUCUUUGCUGGUAAGCAACUAGAAGAUGGUCGUACAUUAUCAGACUAUAAUAUUCAAAAAGAAUCUACUCUGCACUUAGUAUUGAGAUUAAGGGGAGGAAUGCAAAUUUUUGUUAAAACUUUAACUGGGAAGACCAUUACUUUGGAAGUUGAGCCCAGUGACACUAUCGAAAACGUGAAAGCGAAAAUUCAAGAUAAAGAAGGUAUUCCUCCAGAUCAGCAGAGGUUAAUAUUUGCUGGAAAACAGCUAGAAGAUGGUCGCACUUUGUCAGAUUAUAACAUUCAGAAAGAAUCGACCUUGCACUUAGUUCUAAGGUUACGAGGAGGUAUGCAAAUAUUUGUUAAGACUUUAACUGGCAAAACCAUUACUCUGGAAGUUGAACCAAGUGACACAAUUGAGAAUGUGAAAGCUAAAAUUCAGGACAAAGAAGGCAUUCCACCUGAUCAACAAAGGCUCAUCUUUGCUGGCAAACAAUUGGAAGAUGGGCGUACUUUGUCGGAUUACAACAUACAGAAAGAGUCGACACUUCAUCUUGUGCUUAGGUUGAGAGGAGGGAUGCAAAUUUUUGUGAAGACUUUGACAGGCAAGACGAUUACAUUGGAGGUGGAACCAAGUGAUACCAUAGAGAAUGUGAAGGCUAAAAUUCAGGACAAAGAAGGAAUACCUCCCGAUCAACAAAGGCUGAUAUUUGCAGGAAAGCAGUUAGAAGAUGGAAGAACUUUGUCAGAUUAUAAUAUUCAGAAAGAGUCCACUUUGCAUUUGGUCUUACGUUUAAGAGGAGGAAUGCAGAUCUUCGUAAAAACUCUAACAGGCAAAACGAUAACUCUCGAGGUUGAGCCCAGUGACACAAUCGAAAAUGUUAAAGCAAAAAUCCAGGACAAAGAAGGAAUACCUCCAGAUCAGCAAAGGCUUAUAUUUGCUGGGAAACAACUUGAAGAUGGUAGAACCUUGUCGGAUUAUAAUAUUCAGAAAGAAUCAACCCUGCAUCUUGUCCUGAGACUUAGAGGAGGAAAUUAAGUUUCAUUUUUCAGCUGUGAACUUUGAUUUUAAGUGCUAUGUAAACGGAACAAAAUUUUUCCACUUGUUUUGAUCUUUAUAUUUUUAGAAGAUUUAAUAAACAAUUGAUUCAGGCA